AUGCACACAGCCCUCUUACUCCGGCCAAUUGUUGGGCUCCGGUUACCGGGUCAGGACUCCCUCCGGAUUGGAGGGAGUCUCAUCCAACCAAACAGCAACUUGACCACGACAAUAUGUGGUGCAGUUGUGUCCCCAGCCCUAUAUGGUCCCGUUGCUCGUACACAAGUGCCUCAUCCCCUUUUUUUUUGUCUCUCAAACGCUAUGACCAACGCAAAAAACACAAAAGGCAAGGGCAAAGCUCCUACCCGCCCCCGCGGCGUCUGGGAUCACGACAAUGAACGCCAAAAACAAACCCAUAACGUACAGCUCACCCUGGCAAAGGCCAAAGGCCAACUGGUCACAUUGCACUUGCAGGACAAGGAGGGUGACAACAACGACAGCUACAACUUGGACGCGGAGGGUCAAGACUUGGCCAAAUAUUGGCCUUACAACAACAAAGGUGACUACGACGACUACGCCAAGCCAGACCCAGCCAAGGAAGACGACCCACGCACCUUGCGUGCCGUUUGUGAUGCCCAAUCUGAUGAGAUCCGCAAGCUGAAGGCUGCAAUUGAGCAGUCCCAUAUUGAACACAAAAAAAUGAUGCGUCAACUUGACCGCAUGUUGGGCGCAACUCCUGGCGCAUCUGGCUUGGCAUCCACCUCCUGCGCCACCGCUGUUUGCGCUGCUGCCAACGUAGCCCAACCACAUGACACCUCUUGUACGCCCAUCCCUUGCCGUUCCGUUGACGCUCCUUGCACGGCCAACGCCUCUUGCACGGCCAAUCCCUCUUGCCCGAUUGACGGUCCCGGCCCAUCCAGCGCUUGUCUUCACACCAACCCCCGUCCAGCUCCUGUCACGGAUCAACCCGCCAAGAGGCCUGGAGAUCUCCCACCCAUUGUGGGAGUCAAUGCUCCUUGGUGGAUCCUGUUUCCGGAGAAGGACACCAAUUGCACAAUUGCCCGGAUCCGCUAUGGACUUGGCGCAACGGAUUGGGAGACUUGGCUCAACAUGCAGGAUGCAGCACGGCAAGUGGCCGGCCUCUGUGGGUUCAAUUUUACCAAGAUCUGGAAGCGGCAAAGCGGCAACCAUCUGGCUCUUGGAAGCCGCAUUAAACGUAUCCUGGGCUUACUGAACUUCAAAGAUUGCUGGGCAACAACCCGGCUUCUUCAAACAAAGUUCAACCACCGGCGUGGCCACAGACUACAAGCCAAGCGCAAAGUGGAGGAGCAGGCACUCGCUCUGGAACUUGCUUUAGACAACACCAAUCUAGACAACCCUGCCUUGGCUUGA